AUGGCCGCGCCGCCCCGCCCGCCGCCGCCGCGGUCGCGGUCGCCGCCGCCGCCGCCGCUCCCGUCGCGGACGUCGCGCGCCGACGACGGGUCCGUGGCCAACGCGGACAUGGAGCACCUCAUCCCGCUCGUGAACAAGCUGCAGGACGCGCUGGCCCUGUCGUCGAGCGCCAACGAGAUCAGCCUGCCCCAGAUCGCCGUCGUCGGCGGCCAGAGCUCGGGCAAGUCGAGCGUGCUCGAGAACAUCGUGGGCAAGUCCUUCCUCCCGCGGGGCAGCGGCAUCGUCACGCGGCGGCCGCUCGUGCUGCAGCUCGUGAACGGUCCCGACGAGUGGGGCGAGUUCCUCCACGCGCCGGGCAAGAAGUUCUACGACUUCGAGGCCAUCCGCGAGGAGAUCGACGCGGACACGGCGCGCGUCUGCGGGUCGAACAAGGGCCUCGACGGGCGCGCCAUCCACCUCAAGGUGUCGAGCCCGCACGUGCUGAACCUCACGCUCAUCGACCUGCCGGGCUCGACGAAGGUGCCCGUGGGCGACCAGCCCGACGACAUCGGGGACCAGAUCCAGGAGAUGAUCCUGCGCUACGUCGUGAAACCGACGUGCAUCAUCCUCGCCGUGACGCCCGCGAACGCGGACCUCGCGAACAGCGACGCGCUCCAGAUCGCGCGGUCCGUGGACCCGACGGGCGACCGCGCGCUCCCGUGCACGCUCGGCGUGCUCACGAAGCUCGACCUCAUGGACCGGGGCACGUCGGCGCGCGACGUCUUCACGGGCGCGUCCGGCGACGUGCCCCGGCUCAAGCUCGGCUACGUCGGCGUCGUCAACCGGUCGCAGGCGGACAUCAACGAGAAGAAGUCGAUCCACGACGCGCGGGCCUUCGAGCGCGACUACUUCGCCAAGUCCGACGCGUACCGCGACCUCGCGCCGACGCUCGGCACGGCCCACCUCGUGUCGCGCUGCAGCGAGCUCCUCGUGCAGCACAUCCGCGUGUCGCUGCCGACGCUCGAGCGCGAGCUCGCGGAGUCGCUGGCCGCGAAGAGGAAGAAGCUCAGCGACUUCGGCGACCAGACGCCCGACGCGAAGCGGCGCAAGCUCACGGAGGCGCUCCUCCACUUCUGCGACCGCUACGCGGCGCUCAUCUCGGGCGCGCCGCUCCCGCACGGCGGCGGCGCGCACGCGACGGACGAGCUCCGCGGCGGCGCGCGCAUCGAGGCCGUCUUCCGCGACGUCUUCGCCGCCGAGGUCGACCGCGUGGCCGUGCUCGACGACCUGAGCCCCGGCGAGGUGCAGACGCUCGUGCGGAACGUGCACGGCCUCGGCGGCGGCCUCUUCACGCCGGACCAGGCCUUCGUGCAGCUCGUCCAGCGCAACGUCCGGCGCCUCGCGCGGCCGGCGACGCGGUGCGUCGAGCUCGUGCACGCGGAGCUCGUCAAGCUCGUCGACGUCGCCGGCGACUUCGAGGGCAUCGCCGUGUUCCCCGCGCUCCGGGGCGGGCUCGCCGAAAUCGUGAACGGCAAGCUCCGGGACGCGCUCGACGCGGCGGACGCGACGCUGCGGACGCUCGUGGACAUGGAGCUCGCGCGCAUCAACAUCACGCACCCGGACUUCGUCGGG